AUGGUUCUUCCCGCUAUUCGAGUCGCGCCCUCAGCGGCCACCCGGGCGUUCAACCUCCUCCGCACCGUCCAAUACACCCACCCUCCAAGCUGUCCCUGCCAUUCCAACCCCGCCCAUCACCAUCACCACCAGCCGUCUGCGUCGUCGAUAUCCAAGCAUGUCCGCCACAUGGCAACUCCAAUUGACCCGUCGCAGCAGAAGGAAUAUGCCUUUGAAAUGGCGGCGUCGAGCAUUCGGUUCGGACCCGGGGCGACCAAGGAAGUAGGUAUGGACUUUAAGAAUUUGGGAGCAAAGAAGGUGUUGGUGGUUACGGAUCGCAAUGUUUCAAAGCUGGAUGCGAUGAAGAAUGCCAUUGAGGGACUGAGUAAGGAGGGCAUUCAGUUUUCGGUCUAUGACAAAGUGAGGGUGGAGCCAAAAGAUUACUCGGUAAAAGAUGCCAUUGCCUUUGCUAAGCCAUACAAUGCGGAUGCAUUUCUAGCUGUUGGCGGUGGCUCUGUCAUUGAUACAUGCAAGCUCAUGAAUCUCUACUGCGUAUACCCCGAAGCCGAUUUCCUUGACUUCGUCAAUGCUCCACUUGGCAAAGGACUGCCUAUCGCCCGACAAUUGAAGCCAUUGAUCGCGAUCCCAACUACAGCUGGAACAGGCGCCGAGACUACAGGAACUGCAAUUUUUGACCUUGUAGAUAAGAAGGCGAAAACAGGCGUUGCUCACCGUAACAUGAAGCCGACGCUGGGUAUAUGUGACCCGCUGAACACGCGGACCAUGCCUUCAGCAGUGCAUGCCUCGUCCGGUCUCGACGUGCUCUGUCAUUCGCUUGAAUCGUGGACCGCAAUCCCUUUCAAUGAGCGUGUUCCUCGCCCAACUAACCCCAUUAAUCGUCCUGCCUACCAAGGAGCCAAUCCGAUCUCGGACAUCUUUUCACUGCAGUCUUUAAAGAGCACAGUGAAAUACCUCCCACGAGCCGUUAAAGAUCCAGAGGAUCAUGAAGCUCAAAGCCAAAUGCUUCUCGCCGCCACCCUGGCUGGUGUCGGGUUCGGAAACGCCGGUGUGCACCUUUGCCACGGCAUGAGCUAUCCGAUCUCGGGUCAGAAUCCCGGGUACAAGCAUAAAGGAUACGAGGUUGAUCACGACAUCAUCCCGCACGGCGUGUCCGUGGCAGUCUCAGCGCCCGCCGUUUUCCGGUUCACUGCUGCCAGCAACCCCGAUCGUCAUCUGGCCGCUGCGGAAAUUUUCGGAAAGGACAUCUCGAAUGUGAAGCGCGAAAGCGCUGGGGAGGUCCUUGGUGAAGCGAUUGCGGAGUUUCUGUUGAAGCUCGGAGACCAGCCUCGAGGUCUGAAGGAGCUGGGCUUCAAUAGUUCGCAUAUCGAUAUGUUGGUAGAGGGCACGAUACCCCAGAAAAGAGUGCUCGACCUUGCACCCAAUUUGAGCAAGGAACUGGGCGCAGAAAAGGAGGAGUUACGAAAACUCUUCGAAGAAACUAUGGAAUUUUAG